GCAGAUUGACCAACUUGCUCAACAAGUUACUAUAGCAGGAAGUACCAUGGUCAUCACAACGGAAAGCAAAAGAGGAAAGGAGGAUCCCAAAGUUCCGGAGAGCAAGAAGACCUCAGACAUACUUGAUGUACACGACGGGACUUUCUUGAAGUCGGAAGCUAAUGUUCUCACGCCUCCAAAUGGUAGAGGAGACCUCUUUUCCAUUCAAGAAGGAUACGCCAAGAAGAAAGGAAGACAUAAUCUGGACACGCCAAAAAGGUACAUUUUUUACCCGGGUGAUACUCUUCUCAAUAUUGAAAAUAAUAGCUCCGCAUCCUCUCCUCCCCCGCAAGAUUUUAAAAGAGAGGUCCUACUAGCUAAACACCUGCGGGAAUUCAGCUGCACAAAAGAGGUACGUUCGUCCGGCCUAUGACGUUAAACUAAGCGCUAAUUGGGAGGCAACCCAACAAAAAAACAAAAAAAAACAAAAAAAAAACAAAAAAAAAAAUUAUCGAUCCCAGCUCAGGUAUCAUGCAACUCCUACUCUCACAAGACGGUCCAUUCUGCUAUUGAAGUUUUCGUCCUCCAUUGUAUCCAAAAAUGUACAUUGAGGACAAUGUAUCUCAAGUGUGGGGGGUGCAUCUAAGGGUUAGUUAAACAAAUUUUGUGUGCAAAAUAAUUUUUUUAGGAAGGUAAAACUUGUGAUAAUUCUCUUUUUAAUGGGUAUUUGGUUGAGAAAGUUUUGAUUAUUCACAUAAACUAUCAUUUUUUUUAGAUUUAUUACACUACUCUUUACUCUUGAAAACCACCCAAAAAAAACCUUGUGACUAGGAAUACCACCUUCUUUCACUUCCAAAAAAUGGUUUAAAAACAUCUCAAAUAUUCAAGAACCAUUUUGGAAAACAAGCCACCCCAUAUCUCAUCAAAUAAAUUGGGAUCAUUAAAAUGACUUUGAGUAAAUACUUGUUGAGAAUCCAUUCAGAUGAGAUAAAAAAAACAUGGUCUCUUCCAAGAAUUUCAACCGAUCCAUUUCUAUACUCAAAAGUCAAAUAUACAAAAAAAGCCAUCCUACACACCCAAAAAGCCCUAGUCACAAUCCACUCAUCUACUCUCAAGGGUAUAAGUAAUUUUUCUAAAUCUAAUGAUAGUUUUGUGUGUCUAAUAGAAAUUUGGUUUUGGACCGAGAAAGAUAAAAGAGUUUACAUGAGUUUUUACCUCUCUUAAAAUUAAAAUUAUUUUUGUUCAUAUAUUUUUGUUGAAACUAACCAAGGCAUCCAAAGGUGAAGAAAUUGCUUGAGGACAAGCAAUCCUCAAGUGUGGGGGGAUUUGAUAGCCGUUAUAUUUACUUGUGUUUAACAUAAGUAUUUAUAAGUAUUUGUUGAAGAAAAGAAAAGAAAUCGGACAAAUACCUUCAGAAUGAGAGCUAAAGCAUAAAACAUUGUGAUGAACGGUUUUUUAGACCAAGAGGAUGACGUUCUGCCCAUAAUUUGAGUAUAACGUAUUGUAGAGAAGUCGAAAUCACUCAAUUCGAAUUUCAUGUGAAUGUUAACUCAAUAAGGUACAAAUGUUAUGAAGACGUCAUGGACAAAAUAUGAAAGGAACAAGACUCAAUCAACCAACAAAGUCAGAUGUUGCUGGUGGGAUUUCAGGAUGCAUACCUCUCAGUGUUUUAGCCAUAACGUUUGAUUGGAUGAAUAAAAUCACGUCAUUCAAGUUUUGGUGGAUAGAAGACUUCAUUAUCUACAAAUUUGGUGAAGGAAUCAUGUCCAAAUUCAUAGCGGAACAUCCCCAAAAUCCCGGGACAAAAUUUGACACUUUUUGAUCUAUUUUGGAAGAAGGGAAAGGAAGCACAUUUUUGGGCGCAACAACCGGCGCCGGUCAGGCAUGAACCGGCACCGGUCGGAAGGUUUUUUCGCAAAAACGCCACUGUUUUCAACCGGGGCCGGUCAGCACACAACCGGGGCCGGUUGGUCCGAUUUUCUGCUAAAACACAGCAACGUGCAAGAGGAUUUUGAUGGGAAAACUUCACCUUCCUCAUCUCUUGAUCAAAUAUCUCCUCCAUACCUGAUUGUUGGGCUUGAAUAGACUAAAAGAUGCCAUUCUUUAGCCUAUAUAAAGCCUUCAAUUCAUCAAACAAACGCAUUCCAUUCCAUAGAUUAAAUCAUAGCUUUUAUAUUUUUGUUCUUGGUAUUUUCUUCAAGUUCUUGAGGAGGAAACUUCAACCUCCAAAACCAUUGGUGUUUAGGUAUUAUUUCCUUUGUAAUUUCAUGUUCCAUUACAUUUCAUAUUGUAUUGUGAUUAAUAUGAGCAUUAG